AUGUCCGCCUCGACCUCUCGUACAUGGAAGACGCGCCUCUUCACGGCAACAAGCCUAAACGACUACCUCGCACGCAGCGACCAUUCUAUAACCUGGCUGACCUCACCAAGCCCGAACCCAUCCCAUGCGGCCCCUAGUCCGCCAGAGCGGAAAACAACACCCACCUUCGAACAGCACAUGUCCACUGUCGACUUCAUCGUCAUGGGCCGCCAGACCUUCGACGUGUGUCUUUCACUACCGGAUUGGUCGUACCCGAAGGACAAGGAGUUACUUGUUCUUUCGAGGAGGAUGGAUUGUCUUCCUGUGGAUUUGAUGGUUGCGAAGGGGUUGCGUGUCAGUGGGAAUGGGAAUGGGAAUGGUAAGGUGAGGAUUGUGCGGUCGAUUGAUGAGGUGAAGCGGGUUUUGGAUGCGGAGGUGAACAGGGGGAGGAUGGUUUAUGUUGACGGUGGCCAGACGGCGAGGGAGUUUCUGAGAAGGGGGUGGGUGGAUGAGGUUGUGCUUACUGUUGCGCCAGUUGUGCUGGCUGGGGGUGGGAGAGGGUUGUUUGGUGGGUUGGGGCCGGAGUUGGAAGCGGAGGGGAGGAGAGAUCUGGAAUAUACGUUGGUUGGGGUGGAUGUCAUUGAGAAUGGAAUGGUGACAGUUUACUAUCGGGCCAAAGAUGAUGGCAAAGGGGAGAUGGGUGAAACAGAGGAUGAAUAG